AUUAUCUUCCUGGUUGGUAACAUACCGAAAGUAAUUUCCACAGUCAUACCCAGAGAUAAGAUGUCUUUUUAAGGUCAUGGCAAGCAGUAAACCUUUACCAUGUGGACCUUGUCAAGAAGGAAAAGUAACCACUAAAGCUGAGUACUGGUGUUACAACUGUGAUGAAGGAUUGUGUUCAACAUGUUCUGGUCAUCAUAAAAGAUCUAAGGCAACACGUGAUCAUAAAACUAUUGAUAUCAAAAGUUACAAACCCCCAAUCAGAGCUAUCAAAACAGAAUGUGACAAACAUGGCCAACAGCUUAACUUGUACUGUCCCAGUCAUUUAAUGCCUUGCUGUGAUGAAUGUAUUUCCACAAAUCAUUCAAAAUGUACUGGAAUAAAAAGUUUAGCAGCUGUUGUGGAGAAAACAAAAAUUGAAAAAUCUAAAGAAUCUGUAGAGAAAGAAAUCUACUCCAUCUUACAUGUAUUGGAUAAAAUGGUAAAUAAUAAAUCAAUAAACAUUCAAAUUGGAGAACAACAAUGUGAAGACAUAAAGAAAUCAAUCCACAAAAUUAGGGAGAAAAUGAAUAAACAUUUAGAUCACCUUGAGAAAAAGUUAUGUCAAGAAACAGACAACCUCUGGGAUCAGGAAACAUCAACAGCAAGAGAUUUUAUAACUGAAAUUGAAAAGAAAAAGACAAACGUACAGAAAAUGCAAGAGCAUUUACUUAGUGUUACAACACAAAGUUCAAAACUACAAUCAUUUCUAGGUGUACAUCAGAUCGAACAACAAAUACAUCAAUGUCAACAAUAUGUCGAAGAUCUAGAAAACGAUGACCGGGCUAAAGAAUUUUGUAUCAAAAUGACCCAAAAAAAUGAGAUAAAAAACAUACUACAGCAGUUAGGAUCAUUAGAAUCCAUAGGAGAAGUAACGGUUGUUAAAACAGAAACAGACUUGACUAUAGAAACAAGUGUGAGGAGGGAAGCACAAGUAGAAUCACGAGUACAAUCCAAUAUAAACAAUAUGACAAUGAAUAUAGAGACAAAGAUAGAGAUCAACAUAAAGAAGUAUAUCAGUGACAUGAUCUGUCUGAUGGAUGGAAGAGUUAUAGUAGUGGAACAAUGUGGUGAAGUUAACCUACUUUCUUCUGAUGGUAAACUACAGAAACAGUUACCUAUACCUUAUGGAGCCUACAGUGUUACACAGAUCAAUCAGGACACUAUAGCCAUAACUUAUCCCGGUGAGGAAGCCAUUCAGAUCUUCAAUAUAGAGAAUGAAACAGUUACCAAAGUUAUUGCAUUAGACAAAACAUGCUGGGGAUUAUCAUUCUCUAAGAAUUCUAUGGCUGUAGGUUUGAGUGAUGAUGAAAUCCGUAUUUUAGACUUGGAAGGAAAUACACUGAAGUCAAUACAAGUUGAGAGUAAAUCAGACAUGGAGUACCUUGUGUACUGUAAUGACAGAGUUAUUUACAUUGACUAUAGAGGUAAAGCAGUAUACGGUUAUGAUAGAUCAGGUAAACAGAUCUGGCAAUAUACACAGGAUUUAUCAAGACCAUAUGGACUUUGUAUAGAUACUUAUGGUAACAUUAUUGUAGCUGACUGUGACUUAAAUAGAAUACUAGUUAUAUCAAAAGAUGGACAGAAUAGUAAAGUACUGAUUGGUGAAGAGGAUGGACUGAAGGAUCCAAAGUGUAUUUGUUUCAAACAUAAUGAGUCUGCAGGUUUUAUUUGUGAUAAUUAUGGCUUAAACUUGGCAAAGUUCAAUUUAGUUGUUAGAUAA